UGGACAUUCUUUCUUAUUAAGGGGUGGAACUGUUAAUUAAAGAUCUUAAUGGUGCUAAUCGGCGAAUAUUCACUUUUCAGUUGAGCCGAAAGGAUCGACCUUCACCAGAAAUACGAGCACAUGCGCAAUACCUUAAACAGCGUCAACGCAGAGAUCAGUGUGCGUACGUCGGACUUCGGAGCGCACAUUGUCGGCCAAACGAGCGCACAACAGCACUCUGGCAUCAAAUGUGCAAUAACUGACUUGAACUUUUAAUAGUUUCUGGAAAUGAUCACGUUAUCUUAAGAAAACAAAUAAGCGUUCUAUUGAACCAAUGCUGAAGACAUGAUAAAGGAGACAUUUAGAGGUUGAACUUUACGCACAGACUUGUCGUGAUUUCAUCCUAUUUUUCUCUGUGUCAGUGGUGUUUUUAUUCUCUUCUCGUGUGGUGGGUCCAUCAGUGAAGCUCUGAGCGCUUGUUGGAGUGCCGAAUCUGACCGGAUGUGUACAGUAUAUGAUGUCUGAUCACUUGUUCCUCACUAGCGCGCAGCUGACGCGCAAUGGAUUUAUCGGGAAAUUUGUUAUAGGCUAUAUCGCAUUUAACCGAUUUAUCUGCUCUAUGAAUGCAUCUGAAUAAAGCGACGAUGAUAUUCGUAACUUUUUGGAUAAUGCUGCCUUUCCUUGAUUUAAUGCACUUCUCGCAGGCAUAUGUGAUCGCACAGUCUCGAUCGGUUCGGCUGGACUGCGUCAGGGCUCAUGAACAGUGUUUGGGGAAGUACGGCUGCAGCACCAAGUACCGAACCAUGAGACAGUGCGUGGCCGGAAGAGCGAGUAACUUCACCAUGCUGGCUGAACCCGAGGCACAGGAUGAGUGCCGAAACGCAAUAGAGUCCAUGAAACAAAGUCCUCUGUACGAGUGCAAGUGCAGGAGAGGAAUGAAGAAAGAGAAGAAUUGUCUGCGGAUCUUCUGGAGUAUAUACCAGAGUUUACAUGCCAAUGAUUUGUUGGAGGAUUCGCCAUAUGAGCCAGUAAACAGCCGUCUGUCUGAUAUUUUCCGUCUGGCUCCCAUAAUAUCAGGUGAGGCGGCCUUUACCAAGGACAACAACUGCCUGAACGCCGCCAAGGCCUGUAACCUGAAUGACACGUGUAAGAAGUACCGCUCCUCCUACAUCAACCCCUGCACGAGCAGAGUCUCUACUACUGAGGUGUGUAACAAGCGCAAGUGCCACAAGGCCCUGCGGCAGUUCUUUGACAAGGUGCCGCCGAAGCACAGUUAUGGGAUGCUGUUUUGCUCCUGCCCUUCUGGGGAUCAUUCAGCUUGCUCCGAACGUAGACGUCAGACCAUUGUUCCUGCAUGCUCCUAUGAGGACAAGGAAAAACCCAACUGUCUCUCCUUGCAAGCCUCCUGCAAGACUAACUACAUUUGCAGAUCUCGUUUAGCUGACUUCCUCACAAACUGUCAACCUGAGACUCGCUCCAUUUCAGGGUGUCUGAAGGAAAACUAUGCCAACUGUCUGCUGGCAUAUUCAGGCCUCAUAGGUACAGUGAUGACUCCUAACUACCUGCGUGCCCCCGGCAUCAGCGUGUCACCUUGGUGUGACUGUAGCAGCAGCGGGAACGGAAAAGCAGAAUGUGACAAGUUCACAGAAUUCUUCACCAACAAUCGUUGCCUCCGCAAUGCCAUCCAGGCGUUUGGUAAUGGGACAGAUGUUGGGGUGUGGCAACCCCAGCCACCCAUCAUGUCCACACCCCCUGAUCCCUACACUCCUCUGAGAGGGCGGGACAGGACGGCCAAUGCACUGGAUGACUCAACACACACCAAUGGCCUGGACACAAAUGCAGACCGUCUCUACAGCUUCUGUGGAAGUCUGCAGGCUCAGAAACUGAAAAGUAACGUCACUCCGGAUGCACUUUGUGUGGAUCCAUUGCUGAAUGACCCUAGUAGCUUUAAUGCAAUUUCUCGGAGCUCAACUAGUGCUGUCUGCUCGUUGGAUUUGACUGCGAUUCUGCUCUGUCUGGCCUUCAUUCUUCAGUUUGGGCAGCUUAUAGACCCACAGACAUUAUAACCACUCACUGAUCAAACCUUCUGGACUGCUACUGCUGCCUCUGUACCAUACAAAAAUGUUGUAUUUAAGUUUUUUCUGCAAGUGGUGCUGUGUGGUGUUCGGUAUGAUUCAACUUUUUUUGGUCCACCUGCUUUUCUUUCUUACUGAUCAGAGAUAAUCGACAAACAUGGACAUAUUACUCAUGGACAUAUUAAUCUGGAUUACUUCUGUUGACAGAAUGCAAAAACUUGUGUGGCGCAUUGUGUCUAAGGUUGGACGGUUGAGAAUAUGGAACUGCAUGGAGAUGUGAGAACUGACAAUGAAAGGCUGACUACAAUAUGACCCCUGUAUACUAGGGAGCUGCUGUUAUGGAUUUGCCACAGGAACACCUGCAAACUCCAACUUGCUCUAACAGUGUCAAGCAGCGUACAAUCUUUUUUGAAGACUUAUCAGCAGAACCUGCUGCUCCUGUCGCUUUUAGGACCUACAAACCGUUUCCCCUCGAAGUGGCACUGAUGUCCUGCUGUGGCUCCUGCUUAGGUGAUAUGGUAUGGAAUAUGAACAUCAGGAUAGACAGGACACGUUAUCAAAACACAGAUGCAUCAUCUUUUUCCCUUUUUAUUUUUUUUUUUAAGAGUUUGAAGACUCCCUUGAAUUUGUAAAUGUCUCGUCUAUUCUAGUUCACGUCCUCUGCAGUGAAACAUGAUCUAAAGAUGACAGUUGAGCACCAAUUUUCUUAUUUGAGGAACUUUUGGACUUGCCAUUCAUUUUGGAUUGUUACUUGUAAAUAUCUUAUUUGUUUCAAGUAAAGGAAUGUUCCAGGUUCAAAGAAAGUUCAAUUCAAUUGAGAGCAUUUGUGAGCAUGUUGAUUACCAAAAAAAUUUUUUUUAAAAAAGACUCCCACGUUCAUUCAAAAAGAAAAAAAAGGAGGAAACACGUACUUGAAGGCACUUACAACAGCAGCGAAUGGGGUCAGUCCAUAAACAUUUAAACACACACUGUUUCAAAAGUAUAGCCACAAGAAGUAAAAAUUGUAUCUGUUACCAUUAUUUUAGUGAGAGAAAAAAAUUACAAAAUGUAUCUGUUUUAAAUUAUAUUGUAUCUGCUAUACAUUGCCAUGAUUAACCCUGUAAUCUGGGAAACAUCACAAUGCCCCUAAAUCCCUGAUUUUAUCACACUAAAAUCAUGUUAAUAUAAAUAAUGUGGCUAUACCUUUGAAACAUUGUGUAUGAAACUGUCCUGAUCCACUUGUAAGUUUCUAAAUGAAACAGCAAUUUUUUUGUUUUUAUUUUGUUAUAAAAUUAGGGAUGAGUCAAUAAAUUUUUUGUCAUAAUCAACAUUAUGCCACAGAUGAUGUCUAUUGCGCUUAAGUUGUAUUGAACCUGGAAUCUUCCUUUAAAGUUUAUAUGGCCUAAUCUGUUGUGUAAAAUAUGACUUGGGUCUUAACAGUGAACUGAGUACAUGGGUUGAUAUUGCAGUCCAUUAUACUGUAUGUAAAUUGUUCUGUACAUUCAGUGAGAAUGGUUUCUUUUUCUCAUUUAAAGGAAGUGCUCUCCAAGUAAUUUCUGCAUUGUUGUUGUACUGGUUAUAUAUAUAUACACAUAUAGCACCGGGCUCUAAGACAUGCAAGAGCAAAGUAAAACUAACAUUAAACAAACUAAAGAAGUCCUUUUAAGUUCUGUCCUGUUUAUAACAUUUUCAUUUAAAAUUUUAGGAGUGUGAAUGUAGGUUUGUGACGACUAUAACUGAAACACACUUUGUAUUCUUGUUACCAAAACCAGCCACAUAGUGGCUGUCUGCUUCAUACUGAUUAUUAGCCUCAUUCAAUUUGCUGUGCCAGUAGGUCUUUCAAGCUACAAAACACUUUACAACAUCAAACUUGACAUACAAAAAGACAUUAAAAAGUUCUCCUGGUUUACUGAGGUGUUGUCAGUUUGAUUGCU